UAAGUUAACUGAAUAUUUGUGAAAUGUUUACAAAAAAACAAAAAAUAAAUGUCGGUUGGAUAACAAAUGUUCAACAAGAUCACUUCGAAAUUUUGAAAUUGUGCAGCAACAUGGACUGGAACUUAUGUAUAUUUUUGAGUGUCUAUACAAGAAGACACAGCACACGACUUCAACCGGGCAUAGCAGACUUUACUGUCCUUGCUACAGAUAACCUACAUAUGUUUAAUGUCAUUAUGUUAAUAAAGCGAAAAUUAUGUUAUUCAUCAAUUCAUAUUUUCGCCGUAUUUACCUUCACUUCAACAGACAUAUCAUGAAUGAUGAGGUCAAUGACGAUAAUUAGAUCAACUAUGCUCAGGCAUAAUUUGUGUGAAUAAUAACAACAAAUCACGUGCCUCGCAAAAACAGCAUAAUUCUCAAACGAUGAUUUGGCAAGUGUACCAAGAGCGGCGUUGUCGUCAGAUCGCCAAGCGACCAAUAGUCAUCUCUCGUCCAUCGGUGCGGUCACAACAAUUCUAACGGGUAAAUUAGAGCAUAAGAAAAGUGCACCUUCAAAUAUAUAGUAUUUUUUCCCCGAUGAUCAGUACCUGCAUACAUUAUUCAUUGUACUAAUGCUGAUCAAACCAAAGAUCAAAGAUUUUCGUCGCGUUCGCAAUGCUAAUUAAUUGAUGUUACAAGUGGUAGUUGUAGUAAUUUGUUGUUGCAUAAAAUGUGUUAAUUGCAGUAAAAAUAUUUUGCAAAUAUUUAGUAAAAACACAAUAAUAAUGUGAUAGACAUUAGUCGGUGAUCGGUUGUGUGAAAAUUCAAAUGUCAUACUAUUUUUAGUAUCGCCAGCAAACUGAACUAAUUCUCUCAGCAAUGAGCGAUGAGCAACGGAAAAGUCCUCAAAUAGGGGGAGAAGUGUACGCAAGCGACAUGUAAUUUGCGUUUUCUCGACAAAAAUGUUGAUUGAAUAUGAUUACAACACAAGUAGUGUAAUACCAAUAAUUUUAAUAUGAAUGAGAGAAAUGAAUGAAGUGAAUUAAAAACGAAUAUAAUACAGCAGAAUAACAAAAAAAAAUAUUAAAUUUGACAAUUAUGCAGUUAUGUGGUGAAAAACUAUAUAAUAAUGUAUAUAAUAUAAUAUUGUUUCUAACAUAACCAUUUAAACAGUGUCUUGUUAUUAUAAACGACUACUAAAAGGCCCUACGAAAUAUAUAGUUUAAUAAAUUACAUCUCGGAAAUUUUUCUUCUUCUGAUAUUUAAUCAGUUAAGUCAUUCUUGGCUAGUAACACCGAUCUUUAAAGCGGUUAUAUCCGCUUGUGAAUUUCAAAAAAUCGAUUUUUUUGUAUUUCGCAUAUAUCGAAUGUACAUAUAUUUGAGCAUAUGCCCCGAAAAUUUGAAACUAAACCGGCAAAUAGUUUCGGACAUAUGAGCGUAUUUGUAAGAACUUUUUAACUUAGUGUAAUCAACUACCAAAACCUUAAACGUGUUUUACUCGAAGCGCUAUUUGCAGAGUCGGUGAGGAAAAUUUCUCCGAAACGGCUAAACCGAUCGACUUGGAACUUUUCGCACGACUUUUAGUUAUGGUUGUCAGAUAGUAAUAUAGGAAUUAUAUAUAUCUCUUUAUCUGGAGGUUCUCCAGUACAACCCAACCAAUCUAGUCAUAGACUUAAGGAAUAGUUUAAGUAAAGUCGUAUAACAGCAAAAUGUCCAUGACAGCGCUGGGUAUCAGCACCGGUUUUAUGAUCGGCUACUGUGCGCUUGCCCAAAUAGCACGACGUCUCGCCAAACGUUUUGUCGACCGCGAAGGCAUUGUGCCGGUGCUUGUUAACGAGGCGAUUGCUGCAGCAGAAUUGUGUGCUUGUUGCUUCGAACUAAUAAUUGUGGCUGACAACUUCGGCGUCGCUGCUUACGCAAUCUUUCUAUUUAUGCUAACCGUUUGGUGGGGCAAGGUCUGGGGUGACGCAUCCGCAUGCCCAUACACACAUAUGGAGGACCUGGUGGAAGGCAAGACAUCCUUCAAGGAAGUUGCAUUGCGUACAUGGGCCGAGUUAAUGGGUGGUUGCUGUGUCUAUCGUAUAGUUCAGGUUUUCUGGUGGUUCGAGUUUGCCGAAACACAUAAGGGGCGCGCUUUUGAGGAAUGCAAUGCGGAUUUACAGGUACACCCCUAUCUCGGCGCCGCUAUCGAAGGAUUCGCCACACUACUUUGCCGUCUCGCCUCGAAGGCGCUCAGCGAGAAAGAUCCGAAAUUCUGCAGCAUCAUUGACUCGUUCAUCGGCACCAGUUUAGUGGUUGCAGCGUUCAACUACUCAGGCGGCUACUUCAAUCCGGUGCUGGCUACCGCACUAAAAUGGGGCUGUCGUGGACACACCAAUGUGGAGCACAUCAUAGUCUACUGGAUUGGCGCAUGCGUUGGAGCGCUAUUAUCGGUGCCGAUAUAUAGGCUGGCAGUGGUGAGGCGAUUCUUGCUGGGCGAACGUAAGGAAAAGGAGGAGUAAGGCCGUUAGAGGAAACGAAGUAACGCAGUUAGAGAAAAAGGCGCAAUAAGGCAGUCAGCGAAAAAGAAGACACCACGCGGAUGUACCGUUAAGUGUAAACUUGUUCAUCGAAAAAAAUACUCACACGAACUGUAUAUUUUUACGAAUAUUUGAAUAUUUGUUGCUAAAGUAGUAUUAUUGGCUGUUUUUGUUUUUGUUUUUUUUUCUGUCACAAAAGGUACGGUUACGACAACAAAAGAUGCACAUUUCUUGUUAUUGUUAUUGUGUUGAAUAUUUUAUAAAAUUUUAUCUUACAAAUACAUAUUUGUAAAUACG